AUGCAGACCCACUCUGGUAUAAUUCUCACCUCGGUCAUAUCGGCCCUUUUGACGGCGUUCGUCUCGUACGUUGCGUACCAAUGUCUCCUCUCCCCCCUGGCUAGCUUCCCCGGCCCGUUCCCUGCCAAGAUUAACAAGCUUUGGCGUGCAUAUGCGACAUACAGGGGUCGAUGGCACUCUGACAUCGUGAGGUUGCAUCAGCGCUAUGGGCCUGUUGUAAGGAUAGGUCCAAAUGAGCUAAGUAUAGGAGACCCGGAGGCUUUUCUCCAGAUAUAUCGCAUUAGUGGGCCCUUUUCUAAGUCGGCCUCUUACUCCGUCGUCCAAGGAUCGCGACCAUUUGACCUAGCUGGCGAGCGCAAUGAGAAGGUCCACGCGGCACAACGAAGGCUCGUUGCGAGACCCUACUCGAUGGAAUCAACACUGCGUCUAGAGCCACAAAUUGACGAGCUCGUACGUAUACUUUUGGGUAAGCUUGAUGCGGUAGCCACGUCAUCCACACAACAGGUCAUCGAUCUUGGGCAUUGGCUGCAGCUAUUCGCCUUCGAUGCCAUCGGCACAGUGUCCUUUACAAAGCCGUAUGGAUUCCUCGCAUCGGGGUCGGACAAUGGGAUGUUUCCACGUCUCGAGCAAACUAUGCACAGCGCGUCGUGGCUUAUGCACGCCAGUUGGUUCUUCCGGCUGCAUCAGAAAGCUAUGCCGUGGCUGGGUAACUGGCUGGCUGUGAAUGAUAGAAAUGGUUACUUCUUCCAAUUUGCCCAGCGUGAGGUGCAGGCUCGGAAAGAUCAGGGAGGUAGUGAUCUUGACAUCGUCGGCCAGUUGUUUCAAGCACAACAGGCGAAAGCAGAAUUGAACGACCUUAGCAUUUCGUACAUGAUGACAUCAAACGUUUUUGCAGGAUCUGAUACAACGUCUAUCGCGUUGCGGGCAAUAUUCCUAAGCCUCAUUCGGCAUCCGCAUGUCCUGGAAAAGCUCCGCUCGGAGCUCAAGGAUAAUCUCAACAACUUCCCUGGAAAAAUAGUUAAUGCCGCAGAGGCUGAUUCCUGUCAGUAUCUACAGGCAGUCAUCUACGAAGGGUUAAGAGUGUUCAGUCCGGCCGGGUUCAUGCUCGACAGGGAUGUACCGGCGGAAGGCAUGGUGAUUGGCGGUCGCCGAGUUCCUGGAGGUACAGUUGUGGGCACCAGCCCUUGGGUCAUCCAUCGUUGCGUGGAGGUCUGGGGUGGAGACGCCGAGGAGUUCCGGCCUGAGCGGUGGAUUGAGGCAGAGAACCCCGGUCAUUUGAAACGUUUCUUCUUCGCUUUUGGUGGGGGCACUCGAACCUGCAUCGGACGCAACAUUAGUUGGCUGGAGAUUGAGAAGCUGGUGUCGACGCUUGUGAUGCGCUACGACUUCGAGCUUGCGUCGGAUGCCAUGAUAUCCGAGUACUGCGGAGCGCUUGUCUUCCUCAAAGACCUACGCGUCACGGUAUGUCGCCGCGAAGCAUGA